AUGUCAAGGUACGUCUCCUUUCCUCUCACUCUCGCUGUCGAACUUGCAGGGAUGGGGGGAUCCAUUAUGAUUAGAACCAGAGGUUUGGGUCGAACUUUAGGCAAGGUUAUAGGAAGAGCCUUAGGGAGAGAAGUCAGUGGUGAUGCAGAUGAAGCCCCCCUACAGCGAAUGCUCCCAGCAUCUACACAUAGACAAUGGGAAGCUGUAACUGUUGUUGAAGAUGUUCAGCAUGUGGAUCAUGCAGAUGACGAGGAACAUCUUGAGCUGAAGUUAUCCUCCCAUGGAAGGAAGGUUGAGAAAUUUGGCAGGCCUGCUCGAGAGAUCAAAGGCUUAGUGGCUGCCACAGGAUUAAGUCCUCUGAUCGCAUGCGCGUUCCAUAGCUUUGAGCCUCUUUAUGUGGACGAUGUCGUGUUUCUCUUAGUCGAAUUCUUUGAUGCCAUGGGGCAUAUGUGUGACUAUCCUGGCAGUGAGACGUAUAUCGGAGCAAAUGUGACACAGCACAGUGGACUUGGAAGUUAUGCAUGGAGAGUUGUUGCACUAGCGCAUAUGUAUGACAAUUUGAAUGAUGCGUCAAAGAGCACAGUCCAGCAACUUGCAGGAUAUAUCACACUAUUACAGCAUUUUCCUAUUGUUGGUUCUGCUAUUGUUGCUGAGGAUUAUGAUGAGAGGAAACCAUGUUCCUACCGUUGGAAGUCUGGGAAGGCAUUCCCAGUAUCGACGUACCGUAAGCGUUUGAAUAGAUUGAUGUCUGAUGUUGUGUGUUGGAUACUGUACGGGGAGCACCGUGCAUUCAGAGAGUUUGAGACAGUGUUCUACAUGAUAUCUCAUCCCUUCAUGAGUCCGGCACAACCUGGGGAUCCUCCUAAACAUCCGCUCGUGCAGCACCAUGACACAUUUGUUGAACCAGAUGUUGCUCAGCACCCGGUAGCGGCAACGGCUAUGGACAAAGCACCUGAAGAUGCACAUGCUGAUGUAGACCAGCCUCGACAUGCAGUGGAGGCUUGCCAAGCAAUAGUUGAAAGGUUGGAAAGGCUGCUCAACCUAAGGAUAGUGACCGAGGGAACAGAAGCAUACACUGUCACCGAAGAUUGCCUGGGCAUCGCAAGAGUGUGGGUCACUGCUUUGUCUGAUGAUGACAAUGUGUAG